AGGGUGCUGUUCACCACCAGAGAGAAUGGAAACAAGCUCAUAGGCUCCUGGUCCUCGACCCAUACUGAGUCCAUCGCCCUGCUGCACCCAGAGAGCUCCGUCAGCUGCCUUCUGAGCUUCACCAGUGACGCUGUCGAGUUCUCCGCACAAAACACCAGCCUCGAUCCCAGUACCGGCUUCUACUCCUGCUCUCUGACAUUGCAGCCUCUGAGUGACCAGCAGACCCGGGUGCUGAGCCUGUCCAUGACCAUACCUGUUGGUGAUGGCUGGGGUGAAGGGCAGUGCUUUCUCUGGGGAGCAGGUCUGUGCCAGGCUGCCUGAGACAGGCCUGUAUUCUGACCAGACAGAGCCGCUGCUCAGAAACCUGCAGCCCAGCGCAGAGCUCACCGUCUACGGCCCCGCCGCAGUACUCGACAGCCUGAAGGUAUCGUCCAGUUCUCUGUCCAUCUCAUUUCAGGAGAGAGAGGUGUCCCACGGCUUCCCCAGUUUCUUGAAGUACAUGGUCAGUGCCUUGGACCCCCAGGCUAUAGCCUCAGUCUCCAUAACCAGCUCAUCCACUGGCCACACCCUCGUCAUCCCAGUCACUCUCAUCCAUGUGGCUGACCCCAGCACCACCAUGCAAGCUGCUGCUCCCGUGGUUACCAUGGAGGGAGCCCAUUUCCUGCAGCGCUUCAUAGACCCCUACCAGAUGAUGUUCUUCACCAUUUUCGCUCUACUGGCUGGCAGUUGCCACUUUCUUCCAGGAUACCCCGGCCAGGUCGAUUAGAAAGGCCUGCUCGCUGAAGUGUUUCAGGGAGCGUUUGACAGUGAUGAGUGGAGGUCG